AUGGCACCCAAGAAGCAGCCCAAGGCCGCAGCGAAGAAGAAGGCGGCCCCUGAGGGGGAGGUUGUCGGCGAGUCGACCGGGUCGAACAACGUCGCCAGAGUCGGGAAGCUCGCGCCGCUCUCGAAGGAGGAGCUCGCUGUCAACGCCGAGAUCUACGCGACCGUCAAUGCGUCGCUGGAGCUCAUCGAGAGUAACCCCGUCUUCUCAGGAAUUAGAGACAUGGCGCCCCUGUCAUUGAAGGUCGCUGGGGACGACGACGCCAAUGAUGACGACCCAAUGAACUGGGGCCAGAUCGCGCCCUUCGACGCCGAGACUUUCACGGACACCUUCAAGACUACGGGGCGGGUCACCUGUGGCAUCAAUUUCUUCGCCAUGGAUGUUACGUACAGCGCUACACCAGGGAUUCCGAUUCGCAAGAAGGCGGUGUCAUCCCUGACGGAGCACUACUAUGAUCAGCCUGCAUUCUUCAUGGGCUCCGUGACCAUUGGCGUGGCCAAGGAUAGCGACGACGUUCCGAGCUUGAUGGCGUCGCAUAGUCUGAAGCCCCCCUCCCCAGAAGAGAAGCGCUUCGCCUUCGUCGAGGCGAUCGCGCGGGACAUUCGGGCUGGUAAGGACGACUUCGUGCUCAAGAGGCAGUGCGCUCUGUCAGUCAGCGCAUGCUCCGUGGAUCUGUCGACUGAUGACGCCCUGCACUGGCAGGCAGUGCAAGAGAGAGAAGAUUUCGGGACAGACUUCGAGGCGAUGCGUCGCAGCGCCGUGCAGCGCCUCUACGAAAUCGUGAACUACAAGAAACGCAAGGAGGACCUUUCGAAGAACACCCUCACCACGCUGCAGCUCCAGGAGGAGUACAAGAAGGUGAAGCUGGGAUCGUACAGCGAGGUGAUCUCCGACACGUUCAUUGAGAUGGCGCUCAAGGUCCACAAAACCUGUUUCGGCAUUCAGUCGAUCUCGAAGCUCCUGCUCAUGUGCGGUUCAGAAUAUGGCAGCCGCAACCCCUUUGACUACCUCACCAAGUUGGACAAAAUCAGCCGGCGGGCCAAGGGUGACGAGCUUUCGUGGGUUUUCCAUGCGCUCCAUGAUGCCUGGAAGUAUGGUUUCAUGACAGACAGCGGCCUGUCCCUGAGAUCCAUCGAAGGCAAGGGCGCGCUAGCCGGCAAGAGCGUUGUUGACAUCGCCAUUUUCAAAAAGAAGCUGAGGGAUCUGUUCAUGGAGACAUUGGCCGAUUUUCCCCAGUGGACGGAGGAGGUGAAAACCAAAUUCAGGGUCGUGUGCGCCGGCCACUUGCUCUGCCGCGAAUUCAACGGGUGCCCAGACGAACGCGCUAACAUCACCUGGAAGGCGGGGUGGCCGCCGAGCGCGGUGGAAUACCUUGCCUUCAUCGAGGACGCCAUAUUCGGUUCAGCAACUAUGAGUUGGCAACCCGCCGUCGCGCAGUGCGUCAUGCACAGGAAGGGCGCUGGCGAGUUUUUCGAGCUCAGCAGCGUGGAUGAGCACAUGACACACAUCAAGGAAAUGGCGCAUUUGGAGGUCGGGACGAAGCCGCCGAAGGAGAAACAGCCUGCCAACGAAGUGGAAGUGAAACCUGAUGAUGAGACCGGUGACACUACUUCGCUGACCAACCCGGAACAUAUUCAGCUGGUCUCGCCGGGGAAUCUCGUGAUCGACGUGUCUGCCAAAAGUGCUGACGAGAUGCAGAAGUUGAACCUCUUCAAGAGGAAGGUCGCGGAGCUGGUGCGGUCCCGCGUGGAGUUCGCCCCCGACAUGACGAAGGGAUGCGAUCUCAUCCAGGCGCUCAAGAACACGGAGGCUGGGAGGAUCAAGGGCUACAAGAACGUCGAGAACCCUGCUCAGUCAUCCUACGUUGCCAUCGUAUACGACUCGAAAGUGUCGGGCGAAUGCUCCCAUCGGCCCCAUCUGAGGCAGGUCUACUUUCGCUCUGAACACUGCAAGCGGUUGCUCAAGGUCGCGCUCAACCUGAAGGAGCCCGAUGCGAUCGCAGACGGCGACCUCUACAUCCUGCCAGACGGUGGCAAGCACGGUAACGAGAUGGCGCUGCUGAGUGGUCUGUGCGACGCGAACCAGAAGGCCCUUCAGAAAUGCAAGAAAGUGCUGUGCGUGAUGUACUCCGAGGCCAGCAUCCGGGAGAGGCUCAAGAUCUGCCGGAACACAAGCGGUGCUCUACAGGUGGAGUGGAUGUUCCUCAUCACCAGCAGCUCGCUGACGCUCCCAGACAAGCCGCGCAUCCACUUCGAAGGAACAUCCAACGGCGAGUUCGUGGGGCCCGUGGCAUGGGCACCUUUCGACUCCUCCGACACGUGGUGCCUUCCCCAGGCCAUCAAGAAGACUGUGAUCACAAAGACCAACGUGGUUCUCGCAGGGGGCUCGACCUACGCCCCUGACUCUACCACCGACGAGAAGAAGGAAUCGGAGAAGGAGAUCGCCUUCAUUCGCUCCUUGAAGAAGGAGAGCGAGGCUCUGGCAGCCAUCCGCGCCCGCAUUCCUUACGUCGGGGUGGCCUUCAACACUGCCCAUCGCGAUCAGCUCUUGAUGCACAUCGACAAGACCGUGCUGAAGAUGUUCCAGGUCGAGGGCGACAAGCUUUACCAGCCAGCGUUCGCCGAGCUCUUGAAGGACAGCCCCGUCGAGAAAGCUGGAGCAGAUGAGACGAACAAGAAGACCUCUGCUGGCAAGCGCAAGCGCGAGACAGCUCAGAAUGGCCAGAAAGAAGAUCCCAAGCAGGCUGCAGCUGGUGGUCAGUCCGGUGGGGGUUCCGAUGACGCCAAGAAAGCGUUGCUCGCAAGGAUCGCGCCCCUGUCCAAGGGCAAGGCCGACGCCGCGGCGGGCGGCUCCAAGGGCGGCAAGCGCCAGAAGAAGGAGGCGAACGCGGAUGAGGAGAUGGACGAGGAUGGCAUCGACGAGCUCGAUGAUGAUAUGGGUGAGGCUUGA